AUGGAGAGUGUUCUCGUAGAUCGAUCUCCGGUAAGUCUCAGGAGGUUUGCGGCUACCAAGGGUGUUCUGGUUUCUGUCACCGAUCUGCUUCCACUAAACGCCCCUCGUUCUUCUUUUCCUUGUGCUCCUCGUCCUCAUCAAUCGCCGCUACUCCCCCUCCCUCCGACGAAUCCUGUGCCUCUCCCUUCUCCGAGCAAGAGACCGAGAUCACAUCAACAGAACAAGAGGAAGCCGAGAUGCCAGUCUGUGACUCCCACCAAGGACCCAAAGGCGAAGGCCAUUGCAGUUGCUUCACGGGAUCCACUCCAAAGACUGGUUAAGGUAGAGGUAGAUGAGAAUGACAGCAGAUGCACAGAUUUCCUGCAAUCGGUGUACUCGAAGUCGCCACCACCGAGCAGUCUUCCGCUGCCGAGUUUCCCUCUGACGAAGCCCAAGAGCGAAGGUUCGACUGAAGCAGGACUCGGAGAGGUGAAGGGAGGCAUUUGUGGAGGUGGCGUCGAUGCCGGCGCCACGGAUGGUCUUCGGCGUCUUCUUGGUAUAUAA